CAGGUUAGUAUCACUCAACCAAUAGUUAAACAUUAUUAUUACACACGAAUAUUGGUGAUUGCUAUGUUUUGUCCUUUGAGUCUGAUUCGUAUAAAUAGUGAUUAGAUUAGUGAGAUUUUACACAGUUAGAUAUUGGUUUAAGAGCAUCUGUAUGUGUCUGAAGUAGUGCAGUAUUGUCUGAAUUGUUGCUUAAUGUGAGCUUUGUAUAAUAUGUAUCUCUAUUUUAUCUAUAAAGGUUAAAAUUUAUAUUAUAACAUAUAAUGUUGGACAAGGCAUGGGUGCAUCUAUGCAGGUAAGGAAUUAUAUUUCAUAAUUAGGUUUUAUUUUGGGUUUGGAUACUUUAAGAUGUUCUUUUAGUUAUGAUUUUUUUCUUUAAUUAUCCAUUGAAGAGCUGAUCCUGGUUAUAAAAGUGGAGCUUGGAAAUUUGUAAGGGAUGUGUCUGCGGCUUUAGGUGACAUAGAAAUGAUAAUAUGUCCUUGUAAAGACUGUCGUAAUGUAGUACGACAGUUAAACAGUGUUGUGGUUGAGCAUCUUGUAAUAAGAGGGAUGGAUGAGGCAUACAAGGUGCAUAGUGAUUGGUAUCAUCAUGGAGAUGUGAAGUCAGUAGAUGAAUUUCAAAGUAAACCAACUCAGUGGAAUGAGGAAGUUUUUGAGUUAUAUAAAGCUGCUGAAUUUUUUGAUCAAGAGUUGGCUUUUAGAGGUGACUUAGCUGACCAACCUGUGGGCGACUUAAGUGAGAUUGCAGAGGGUGAGGACCAACAAGAGGAUGAGUUCCUUGCAAAGAUCCGGGAUGCUGAAACCCCACUAUACCCUAGCUGUUCAAACCACAGCAAGUUAUCGGCUAUUGUGACUUUGUUUAGGAUUAAGACACAUAAUGGCUGGUCGGAUAAGAGCUUCAAUGAACUGCUUCAGACAUUGCCAAGCAUGUUGCCAGAUGGUAAUGUCUUUCACACAUCAUUGUAUGAUGUCAAGAAAUUUUUAAAGAGCUUUCAUAUGGGAUAUGAAAAGAUCGACGCAUGUGUUAAUGAUUGCUGCCUCUUCAGAAAGAAGUUAAAGAAGCUUGAUAAAUGUCCCAAAUGUAAUGCUUCACGGUGGAAGACUAAUAAGCGGACUAAUGAGGUAAAGAAAGGUGUCCCACAGAAAGUAUUAAGAUAUUUUCCAAUUAUACCAAGGCUGAAGAGAAUGUUCAGAUCAGAGGACAUGGCUAAGGACUUACGGUGGCAUUACACUUGAAGAUCACCUCGCCAAGCUUUUAGGACCUGACAAUUCUGGUAGGCUGAGGGCAAUGGGUAGAGGCAUGAGUAAGACCAAAUUAGCUUGUUUACAAAUGCAGAGCAAGUGUAUGGCUGAAAUGGAAGAGCGGCAAGUAAAAUUAGUAAAACAGGUCAAUGCCUUGGAAAGUGAACUUGGCAGAAUCAAGAAUCAGGUUAGAUACUUAAGAGUUCUCUACUAUUCAUCAGCCAGUUAGAGUAAUAUAAAUUGAU